AGCUCCCGCGCGGCGGAACGGCGGGAUGGCCGCGCCGCCGCCUCACCCUGCCAUCAUCAUCGACGACGACGACGGCUUCGACUGGGAGGCGGCCGUGCAGGAGAUCGACAGGCGAUGCGCCCUCGCGUCCGCCUCCGCCUCGGACUCGGCCCCGCCGCCGGGGCCCUCGGCGGCGACGGCGCCGUUUCCGAGGGCCCCGGCAGGUGGCACGCGGCAGGCGACGCUCGACCGCUUCACUGACGCAUUCACCAGGAGGCGCACGGCGAAGGAGCGGGGACCCCCUGUGCCUGCGGCGCCGCCCGCAGCAGCGCCGGUUGCGUCGAGCGGCGCCGCCAGGGGGCGCCCUGGUGACCCCGUCGGCGAGGGAUGCUCGCCGGAUGAGGAGAUCAAUCUUAAGCCCUGCGCGGUUGCGGUGGACCAUGAGGCGGUGCAAACAUGGGUUUAUCCAACUAAUGUGCAAGUCCGAGAGUACCAAAAAAAUUUUGUACAGAAGGCUUUAUUGACCAAUACACUAGUGGCUUUACCAACAGGGCUUGGUAAAACUUUUAUUGCAGCAGUAGUUAUGUAUAACUACUUUAGAUGGUUUCCCGAAGGGAAAAUAGUAUUUACUGCACCUACACGUCCUCUUGUUACUCAGCAAAUUGAGGCAUGUCAUAAUACAGUGGGAAUACCGCAGGAGUGGACAAUUGAUUUGAAGGGGAAUCUAAGCCCUUCAAAGCGAUCAUGCUUUUGGAAGUCUAAAAGGGUGUUCUUUGUAACUCCACAGGUUCUUCAGAAUGAUAUACAAUCUGGCAUAUGCAUGGUGAAUCAACUCGUUUGCUUGGUGAUAGAUGAAGCUCAUCGAGCCUCAGGAAAUUAUGCUUACUGUGUUGUUGUCCGUGAGUUGGAGGCAGCUCGUGUGCCAUUAAGGAUUUUAGCUCUGACUGCUACACCAGGAUCAAAACAACCAGCUAUACAAAAUGUUAUCAACAAUUUGCACAUUUCUGAGUUGGUUCACCGUGAUGAAAGUGAUCCUGAUGUCAGCCGGUAUAUUCAGAGGCGCACAGUUGAAAUUUUAAAGAUACCAGUUGGCAGUGAGGCUAUACAAGUCAAUGAUAAGCUUUUGGAUAUUAUACGUCCACAUCUUGUUAAAUUGCGUUCUGCUGGGGUGAUUGAUACUAGGGAUGCUUCAAAUUGGAGCCCACACCAAUUGCGCAUGUUAAAGGAAAAAUUCGACCAAGCACCCCCACCACAUAUUCCUUUAGCUGAGAAAAAGGAAAUUGGUACAUCUUUUGUGGCCCUAACCUUACUUUAUGGCAUUAUUAAAAUGCUUUUGAGCUAUGGUAUCAAGGCAGCGCAUCAGUCAAUUGAAGCCAAAUAUAAAGAAGGAUCAUGGAAGGUGCUUACAAGAAAUAAUUCCUUUUUGGGAGUGAAGAAAACUAUGGAGGACAUCUUAUCUCAAGGCGUUCUCAGUCCAAAAGUACAGAAAAUGGUAGAAGUGUUGUUUGAUCACUUCCACAAAAAUUCAAAAGACUCUAGGGUUAUUGUCUUUGCACAUUACCGGGAAUGUGUCAAAGAAAUAAUGUGCUCCCUAAGAAAUAUUGAUGGUGAACUUGUGAGGCCUGCUGCAUUCAUUGGUCAAAGUUCCACAGGUGACCAAUUGAAGGGGCAGACACAGAAAAUGCAACAGGCUAUUUUGCAGAAAUUCAGGUCUGGGGAACACAAUGUUAUAGUGGCAACAUCAAUUGGUGAGGAAGGACUAGAUAUUAUGGAGGUUGAUCUUGUGGUUUGUUUUGAUGCCAACAUCUCAGCAUUAAGGAUGAUUCAACGUAUGGGAAGGACUGGAAGGAAGCAUGAAGGGAGAGUUGUGGUUUUGGCUUGUGAAGGACAGGAGAUGAAUGGGUACUUAAGUAAGCAAGGAAACACUAAAACUAUGAAGAAGUUACUGCGUGAUUGUGCCAGAUUUGAAUACCAUAAUAGUCCCAGGAUGGUUCCAGAUAUCUGUAAACCAGAACUUAAGUUUGUUAAAUUAUCCAUAGAAAAGUAUAUUCCUUGCUCAAAUAAAAGUAAAGUUGAUGUGAAUGGCACAUUUCCAAUCUUUACUAAAAUGUCAGAGGAAGAUGGUCAAUUGAUUGCUCAGUACUUCGGUGCAUGCAAACAAGACUGCUGGAAGCCAUCUCUUGUUACAUUUCCUACCUUUCAGGUUUCACCAUGUGAUAUCUACAAAGUGCCGCAUUCACCCCGAACAACGAACAUGCUAAUUUAUGCCAUGCAACAACUUCAAGAUCUUUCUUGCUCAAGGACAAAGUGUGCAAGCCCUUUACAAGGACCUACUGAUGUACCAGUUGCUAUGGAUGAGGAACCAGAAGGUUUGCACGGUACUAAUGCAUCUAAAGAGGCAACUCCGCAGGAGUACUGUGCUUUGGAAGCUUCAUCUGGUAAAGCUACAAGGAGUAAAAAUGUCUCUCUCCCAAGCUCUCCGGUUGAAAAAUAUCCUGUCCACUCUUUCUUCAGUGGAGAUUAUGUAACCCUGGAUGUUAGUGGUUAUGUUUCAAUCACCUUUGUACCUUCCCCGCCAAGGACAUCUGAAGCCCGUAAGGGCAUCAGGAAUAUGAAUCGGCAUCAAAAGGUCCAGAACAAGUCCACUUCUGUCAAAUUGGCUCCCGAUAUCAGUAGACCAACAGUUGAAUUCGAUUCCCCUGCAGUUGUUGCUUAUUCAAGCAAACCUAUCUUUACAGACGAGUUCGGUUUUGCUCCCUAUUCUCCUGAAUAUACUGAAAAAUGUGGCCACACUGAUGACAGACAUGUACUUGGAACUCCACCAUCAAAAACAUUGACAAGUCUGAAAGAAAUAUGCCAGACUCCCUGCAAUACUAAACUAGUAAACCCAAGUGUGUCAGUUCAAGAUGAUAUGGAGCUUAGUCCCAGGCUAACAUAUUAUUUUGAAGAAGGAAUUGUUCCUGAGUCUCCAAUGCCUGAAGUUAACCACAAACAGUUAGAUGCAGACAGUGCUGCAAAUGUUGGUUUUGUGCAGAACGAUGAUUUUUUGAAGUCAUGUGUUGAGGGAGCUCAGAUUAAUAAGCUGAAAUCUAGAAAUGAAGCACUGAACCUUGAGGAGAAAGGGCAUUUUUUUGCUGAGAUCUCCAAAUUUUCUGUCUCACCAGGAGAGAAUGCCCUAGAUCAGACUCAAGCAAACAAAGGACGGACACAUCCAUCAAAUGUGAAAACACAUAGUCCUGCUGCUCAUACUCCUACAGCAAAUUUGCUAUGCGAUAGUUUCUCUGAUGAUUGGCAGCUUCGGUCAGGAGGGGACACAUCAAGGACGGUCCAGGAAGCACCCAAGUACAGAAGACUUUGCAAAUAUGGUGACAAGAUCAAAAGAGUUUCGUCCAUGUCUUUGGAUGACAGAUAUGAUAGAACUACUGGAGAAAACUGUGAUUUUGCUACCAAAAGAAACAAAAGGAGGGCCAAGAGGCGUCUGAAUACCUUUAUUGAUGAUGAAGCCGAGGUGUCUGAAGAUGCUGAUGUUUCAGCGGAUGAGGAUAAUGAUCAUAGCGAAGAUAAAUAUGAAGACAGUUUUAUUGAUGACCAGGCUACUCCUACGGGCCAAUUUACCCAAAGUAUACAUCGUGGUGAAAACAAUGGUGACAACAUGAUGGCUUUCUACAGGCGAUCACUUCUUACUCAGUCCCCAGUAGUGCUGCCCUCAAGGUACCAGGACGUGCUUGACAGUUCUGCUUCAAGAGGUGGAAGUGGGAGUGCAAGCUGUUCUUCAGAGAACUUGCACAACUCUUUUGAGACUCCACAAGGGAUCCAACCACACCAUUCCAUUGGCCCAAGUCCUCUAGGGGACCAGCAAAACUCUCUGAAGAGCACCAGCACAACAAAGUUACAAGGUGAAACAAGUCUAGCUCAUUGUGAAUCAUCCACUACAUUUGACUGCAGAAAGAGGAAGCUAAGCUUCCAACAAGCUGCAUCCAUCCCUAUUAUAAACCUUGAACCAGAACCACAACCUUCCUCAAACCUUACCACUACUGGGAUCAAUAAUAACUUUGUUUGGGAUGAUGAUGAUUUCUUUGAGAGCCUCGAUCUUGAUGCAAUUGAAGCUCAAGCAACCGAACUCUGGAAACUCAAGAAUCCAGAGUCAACACAUAAAACCUUUGGGAGCUAAAAGCAAAGCAUCAGGGUUUAGCAUCCCCCCUCCCUCUUAUGAUUUAGCGGUUCUCAUAGCCUCAUGCUGGUGAAGAGUCUUUCAGAAUGUUUCAUCUAUAAGCUAUUGGGCCAGAGAUCAUCCUGGAUACCUGGACCAUUGGUCAGGAUUGUCGAGGUGGCAACAGCAUCAAUUUACCUGCCGGUUACUCGUGGGCCCUUCUACGUGCAAAAGGGACCUGGGAAGAUCAGGAGAGGACGUCCCUAAUUUUGUGGAAGUGUGGCUCGCUGUUUGUAUUGAUGUAUGUAUAUCUUGUACAUAUAAUUUAUACACCCUGUAUAAUGGCGCUAAUAUAGUUCCUCUCUGUAAAUAUAAGUUAUUUUUCUGCUGUCUACUUCCAACACCUUGUUGGAUAUAUUUUGUUUGUCUUGAUAGC